AUGCCGCCGAGAAGGACGAUCACAUUACUCGAGGCGCAUCCACGCAGUAGCGCUCUCCCCGACAACGACAGCCACUACAGGUCGAGUGAUAGAGUAACUGGACCAUCACCAGCGCCGACAUCGACGCAAACUGCCAAACGCUCUCCUGCGGCCACAAACACAAACGCUGCUUCGCCAUCUCGUACACAGGGCCGCCGCACGAGCAGGCGUGGCAAAACACCAGCUGCUACCACAUUAGCCUUCACGACUACGGCGAAGUCCAGCCCCGACAGUAAAGCAGCGCCCCUUCCCACUGUAACCGAGUACUCAAGCACCACCACCAUCUACACCAGCGGCUUCGCGACAUCGACUCGACCCGAGACUUCACCACCCUCGAGCACAAUCGCCGGACCACCAGUCCACCGCACUCGAGUCGAGUCAUACGAGAUUCCGGACCCGCCGGUAUGGUUUCCUUACAUGAUCGCUACGCUGUUGGCGAUUAUGCUGGCCCUGGCUGUGCUUUUCUACUUUGUGAACUUUCCCCGGACUGGCCGUGCGAUUAGAGAGAUGUAUCAUCAGUGGAGACGGCGGGUGGCUGAGAGGAGGAAUCGAAGGUAUGGAUAUGAGAAGGUUCAGGGGAUCGAGCUCGAUGGUAACAGCUGUCGCAGUUCUGGCACUUCACCAGCUCUGAGAAAUUUGAGCGAGGUCGCUAGGUCAGGGGAAGAUGAUGUCGUCCCCGCAGCCUUCACGACAUCUACGAAUACCCCUGGGCUUCACAAUACCCCUACGCUGUACUCGCGCAGACGCAGAGGCGAGGGUAUGAGCGUCGAUACCAGCGCCGCCGCCGGGCUGGGCAUCACCUUCGACAGAGGGCAAUCAAGCGGGAAGUCGUUCGAUCCGAGCCUCCUACGCCCAGACAUGGACAAACCACUACCAGCACCUCCGAAGAGCCCAACACACCAAGCCAUUCAGUCCGCCAAAGCUUUCCUUCCACGAACCGCCAACAAGCCUACUGACGAUGCCGCCCCUGUCCCACGAAAGAACUCUACAGACCUCGAAGCCGGCCUGCUCAAACCCCUCCCUCGCGACCGCAGGAGGCCGAACCUGGUACCUCUCACUCCAUCCACGGCCUCGGCGCCUCCCAGUCCGGGAAUGCGAGUGCUGGAGAUGGUUGGUGGUAGUGUGGAGUAUGCGGCGGAGAAGAUGUCGAGGUUCAUGCAUGACCAGGUGAAGGGGAAUCCGGAGGAGGGUUUGCUGUUGCCGGUGAGGGAUUGUGAGAGGGAGAGGGAGAUGGGGGAGGGUUGUUCUUGUUGA